AAAUGUGCAUAAAGUAAAUCACCAAAAUGUAUUCGCCUAUGAUAAAUCCAAUUAACUGAAACCAAGACUACAAACAACGUUUUUCUAUACAACCAAACUGAAUUAGGGAUUUUGUAGCGCAUAUUCCCCUUCAAAUCCCAUUCCUUCGUAAGCAUAUUCUUCAAUCUUUAUGAUCUCAAAGUUGAAUUCUUGCUUCUUUGUUAAAAUAAUCUUACUUCACAAUUCAAUCAUCUCCUCGACCAAUAAAUCACAAGACUGCAAUGGAAUAUUCCAACACGCCUUCAACCUCUGCGCCUGUCUUCGCAUGAUCUGAUUUGAAUAAAUAGGCGGCAUGAUCGCGCAAAUCCUAUUCCAGAUCGGAUUGCAUUCCGGAGCGAAAAUUGAUCUGAGACAUCGAGAUCGCACGCAGAGGGAGGAUGAAAUUUGGGAGGGAAUUUGGGAUUCACUUGGAGAAAACCCUACCGGGAUGGAGGGACAAGUAUCUGCGAUACAAGCUGUUGAAGAAGCUGCUGAAUAAUAUCGCGCCGGCAGCCGGAGUUCUGCCGGUGAGGAUGCCGAUGCCGGAGUUUCAAGUCUGGUUUGUGGCGGCUCUUACUGGGGAAAUUGAAAAGUUCAACGAUUUCUACGUCGAGAUGGAGGAGGAUCUCAUCAUCCGCUCUGAGGCCCUUAAUGAGGCCAUCAAGCAAGUGAAUACUGGAGAACCAUACCAUGAUAUGUUCUCCUCAGAGUCUGAAUUUAGCGAGUAUAUGACUAAGAUACACAAGGACUUGGUUGUGAUCCAUGGUGAGAUGAUUCUUCUGAUUAGCUACAGCUUCCUCAACUUUGCAGGCCUUAUAAAGAUAUUGAAGAAAUAUGAUAAGCGCACUGGGGCAAUGCUAAGUAUGCCUUUCACUCUGCUUGCCUUUCACCAGCCCUUCUUCAAAACUGAGCCUCUAACAAGGUUAGUUCACGAUUGUGAGGCCAAUCUUGAGGUUUUGUUUCCACGUAGAGCAGAAGUGGUGGACAAGCACAUGAGCACUAAUAAUGCCUCCUUGGAGACACUGUUGCUCCUAAAAGAGACUGGGGAUGUGUAUCGAAGCACCAUGGCUACGAUAAACACUAUAGAGGAACUGAAAAAGCCAAGCUCCACGUACAACAGCUUGUCCGUGUUGUAUCUGUUUAGGGGCAAGGAUGAUGACAGCACUGGUGCUGUUACUGCUGAAAACUCGCCCUGCAACUCAUCUAUGGAGGAUGAAGAUGAAGAUGAAGAUGAAGAUGAAGAUGAAGAUGAAGAUGAAGAUGUCUCUUCCCUUUGUUAAAUUUCGAACCUUUCUGGUUUCAAGUUGAUCCUUCUCUGAAAUGAUAUGUGUGUAUAUCAUGCAGCCGAUUUCUUUAAAUAAUACAGUACUACAAUAAAGCUGCUGAUACAAUGCUCUUUUCCGUGUUCAUCAAAUCCUAUGUUGUUGUUGUCGUCGUCUUUAUCACUUGUAAUAAAAUCAUAUUGCCGAUUGUCGUUAUCCUUGCAGAAACAAAAAUGUAAAAUUGUGACAUUUCGUUUUAAAAAUCUUUUAGAUGUUUAUAAAAGUCUGUUCUUUAGUUUUCGAA